AACUUGUUAUUUAGAUAAAGAGCAAAUAUGAAACUACACUUUCGAUAUAUUAGGGACACCAGUAAUCCAUUUGAAUUGCCUGAUAAAAUGUUUUUGAAAAUGUUUCGGUUGAAUAAGAAAGCAACAUUUAGCUUGAUAGUAGAAGAAUUGAGUGGAUUGGUUGGGGAAUCGAUCAGAGAAGAUACAGUUCCUUUUUACCUACAAGUUUUCGCAAGUCUUAUCUUCUUCAGUAGUGGAAGCUACCAAACUAAUAUUGGUGAAGACCUAAAUAUUGGAAUAAGUCAGCCUGCUAUGAGUACAGCAAUAAAUAGAAUCAGCAAUCUUAUAUCCACCCAUUUGUUGGCAAGAUAA